GGAUCUCUCGCUCGCACCAACUGCCAUAAUCAACACAUCCAGUACUCAAGAGGCCAAAGAAUGGCCCCCUUAGCAUUACUUACACCUCUCGUAGUUCGUACCCUCCUCACUCUCCCUUUUCCCCAUACUUACUUCCAGCCGGACGAAUUCUACCAAGCCCUCGAGCCAGCACAUUACCACGUCUUUGGGUAUGGGUACCUCUCUUGGGAAUGGCGAGACCUACCUUUGGCGGAAAGUCUCGCUCAUACAGACGUGUCAGAAUUGCAUGGAAAGCUGUGGGGUAAAUUAGUGGCAGUGGCAGCCGGUGGCAGGAUGAGGGGCUGGGCUUGGCCUGGGGUCUUUGUAGUUAUCUAUGAGGUGUUGAAGGGAUUGGGAUUGGACAGAGGUCGGUUCCUUACAAUGGUACCUCGCGCUGUAGGCAUAAUCAUUGCCGCUCUCACAGACUACUACACUUAUUGCCUCUCAUCAAAGCUUCUUGGGCACGGAUCUGCUCCUACGGCUCUAUUUCUGUCAUUGACUUCCCUUUUUAAUGGCCAUCUUCUCCCGCGAUCCCUUUCAACCUCGCCUGAAACGCUCCUUACUCUCAUGGCCUUAUACUACUUUCCUUUCCCUGCCCCUGGAGUGCCAGAAGUCUAUGGUCUGCAAAAUGUUACCAAUUUGAAGCCAAUAGGAGCAAGUAAAAGUAGAAGAGAAACAGAAGGAGGAGAGAAGGAGUUCAUGAGAGUGGAAGAUUCUGACAAGAGUUCUUAUGGCGUGAACGACUUGGACUACGUGGUCAUAGAUAGAGCACCACCGUUCGUAGUGGAGGCGCCUCAGCACAAAGAUAGACUAGUCUUGUCCAUCUGUCUUGCAACUCUUGCUCUGUGCAUUCGUCCUACAAUGUUGAGCCUAUGGGCUUUCCUCGGUGCAAAUCUUUUAUGGCGUCGCUUCCAAUCAAGUGGUUUGCAGAGUUUGAUUGGCACCACGGCAUUAGCCAUGUCAAGCAUCCUCUGUACUGUGGCUGGGUCCACCGCCAUCGAUUACUUGAUGUCAGGCCGCCUCUACGUUCCCCUACUCACUUUCAUCUAUCAAAACGUUAUUGUCAAUAUCUCAUCAUUUUACGGCUCGACAGACCACCUCUAUCACCUUGUCCAGACUCUACCGAUCAUGCUUUUCCCGCUAUGGAUCUGGUGGGCCAAAGGUUUUAUUGCGUGUAUUUUACCCGCCAGUCUUUUACCGGCUCAGCUCAACAAGUUUGACAAGCCAAAAGGAUUGAAAAUCCUGGCCAAAGCAAUCAGCUUUACAAUCGCCGUUCUCUCUCUCAGCCCUCAUUCCGAAUGGCGCUUCCUUCAUCCUCUCCUUCCACCUCUUCUUCUUUACACCAUCCCGUCUUUCUCCAUCUCGUAUACUCCUACUGUCCUAGGGGCAUAUUACCCAGUCAGAUCAUUUCGACAAUAUCUGCGCAUGGACAAGGUUCCAUUUUACGUCAUCCUACUUUCAGGGAUCGUGCCGUUCAUCUAUCUAAAUGUUUUCCAUGGCGCAGCGCAGGUGGAAGUGAUGAACAUCUUGAGAAGGGGGGAUUUAGGGAAUGUGACUAGCCUCGCCGUCCUGGCGCCUUGUCAUAGUACGCCUUGGAUGAGUCAUUUGCACAAGGAUAUUGAAGGAUGGUUUUUGACAUGCGAGCCUCCGGUGGGUGUGGAUGCGAAAAUGCAUAGGACCCAACAGGACUGGUUUUACUCCAAUCCAGUCCAGUACCUUUCUUCCGUCUUCCCAUACCCUCCUUCUCAACUUCACGACAUUUCUUACGCAUCUUUCAGCAAGACAUAUCCCUCGCACAUCAUCCUCUUUGGCGAGCUUCUUUCGCGACGAGGCAUCGUCUCUGAAACGGUGUUGGAGACGGGCGAAAGUCAGCCUGUGAUAACCACACGGGAAGGGGAUGUGACUGGGGAACUCGAGAGCUUGGGUUAUCAAGAAGUUUGGAACGGGUGGAAUGGUUUUGAUUGGGCCCAGGAUGAAGAAGAGAGGAAAGGAGGUGUGAGAGUAUGGAGGCUGGCAUGAGGUCUGAGAUGGCUGCAGGCUAUUUGACACGAUGGUUGUACUAUAUCUUGGAAAAUGUGUUUGAUGUAACGAUUCCUUUGUGAUCAGCAGA